AUGCCCAACUUCCCAGAGUCGAUGAAUACGAUACAUUUAGCUCUUUUGAGAAAUGUCACCAAUUCUCCUGAAAUACGUAGAAGACUGAUCGAGGCUUCUAAAGCGGAGGGAGAGGUGGGGGAUAAGUUAAGGGAAGAAGUUGAUUUUGCUUUUCUAGAGGCUUCUAUGCUCGUAUCACGUCAACAUCUCCUCAUAGCUAUCCUCAAUACCCUUCUCUCAUCUCUCCCUUCCCCUGAUUCCUCCUUACCUCGCACAUCAACCCACAACCUUCAUUCAGAGCUUCUCCUCCAUUUAUCGCCCAAUAACAAUAUCACCGAUUCUCUCCGACAUCACGGCAUAUCCGAUCAUACCGCCACUCUCCUGGUCGUUCGGCUAGGGUCACCUGGACCUUCUGAAGAAAUAUGGGAUAAGAUAGAACACGUCGUGAGAGGUCAAUUGGUUUCUCUUGAUGAGUUGAACCAAGGGGAGAUUGUAGAUUGGCAACGGGUAGACAAGGUCAGUUCUUGUUCUUUAACGUAUGGAAACGAUACUCAUGACAGGUUUACAAGCUAA